UAUGCGCUGCUGGAACUUUCGGUCACGGCUGCAGUUCCUCAUGCAGCAAGAACUGUGAGUCGUCCGCUAACAAGUCCAUGUGUAACCCAGAGACUGGCGUCUGUGUCCAAGGAUGCAAGAGUGGAUUUGCCGGACAGUACUGUGAGAAUA